AUGUGUGAUGAUGAAGAGGAUGAGGACGUCCACGGAAGCGGAUACAACGAAUUACUGUUCUUCGAUUUCGAGUGCAUCCAAGAGAAUGCGAUUCAUGAACCGAAUUUGUGCGUGAUACAGCCUGAAGCAGGUGACGAGUGGAUCUUUGAAGGAGAUAAUAUCAGGAACGAGUUCUGCGAAUGGCUGUUCACGAAAGAGCAUGAAGGAUUAUCGUGGUGGCCCAUAACUUUCAAGGUUAUGAUGGUUAUUUCAUCCAACAAUACCUACACGAGAACGGUGUUAUUCCUGAAGUCAUCAUGCGUGGUGCUAUGAUCCUUACGCUGUAUGUGCCUAUGCUCAAGAUUAAAUUCAUCGAUUCCUUGAGCUUUAUACCAAUGAGACUGGCUGAUUUUCCCAAUACCUUUGGCUUGAACGAGUUGGCAAAAGGAUAUUUCCCUCACCUCUUCAACAGAAAGGAAAAUUAAAAUUAUGCCGGAUCCCUACCACCGAGUCCUUAUUGUCAUCCCAAUGGAAUGAUUCCAGCAGAGAGAGAGACAUUCUUGGGAUGGCAUCAUGAAUUGAAAGAGAACAAUUAUGUAUUUAAUUUCCAAGAAGAAAUCUUGAGCUACUGUCGAUCGAAUGUGGAUAUCCUUCGACGUUGUUGCCUUGAAUUUCGCGAAUUGUUCCGUGAAGUCACGGACAUUCACCUGCCAUUGGACAUUGAAAUGCCUAACCAUUGCGUCGGCGUGCAAUCUCGUGUUUCGGACGAAUUUCCUUAAAGAAAACACCAUUGCCAUUUUGCCACCGCACGGCCGGUUAUCAUCCAGGAUUCAAGCAAUCCAACAUCGCGUUGAAAUAGUUAUCUUACACAGCCGAGAGAAAUGAUAUGUACAGUCAGCAUAAGCCGAAUGGUGGAGAGAAGACUGCUGGCCGCUAUUCGUUGGAUGGUUACGACGAGGAGACACAUACAGCGUAUAAGUUCCAUAUAUGGUUGUUUUUGGCACGGUAAGUUUUUUCGGAUUUUCGCAUGUUAUUUUGGUACAAUGCCUUAACUAAACAUUUUACAGGGUGUUUGAAAUGUUAUGCAAGGGACACGGUCAACAAAGUCAGCGAAAAGGCCAUUCAUGAUCUUCAGCAGGCUAUCAUGGAGAAGACCCAGUACCUUAAAGAUCAUGGCCUCCAUGUUGUCGAAAUGUGGGAGUGCGACAUGAAGAAGGAUUUGGAACUCGACGAAGACAUGAAACAGUACUUCGAGGAUUACGAUGCGGUGGACCCUUUGGAACCAGGACAUCCUUUCUAUGGUGGUCGAACCGACGCAACGAAACUCUUCCACGAAUGCAAAGAUGAUGAGAAGAUAAUGUAUGCUGUUACUGCACCCCAAUAAGCCUAGGAACGAGAGUCUAAUGUCCUUUUUUCUUACAGGUACGUCGACUUUACCAGUCUCUAUCCAUGGUGUAACAAGAUGACCAAAACGGUCGUUUGUCGACCCUGUAUCAUCACUAAAAACUUUGAUGAUAUUACCACGUACUUUAGCUUGAUCAAGUUAACGGUAUUACCACCUUGUGGACUUUUCCAUCCUCAAACUGAUGUUUCCCCUGUGCAAGGCCUGCGCUGAUACGUGUAACCAAGCCCCUUGUACUCAUUCCGAGCGUGAACGAGCUAUCCAAGGAACCUGGUGUAGCGUAGAACUAGAGAAAGCCGUGGAGAAAGGUUACCGUAUCCUCCAAAUGCGCGAAGUGUGGCAUUUUCCCGAAACCUCCGACGCGCUGUUCAAAGAUUAUGUGGACACUUUCCUCAAAAUCAAACAAGAAUCCAGUGGUUAUCCCAAGAAUUGUACCACCGAGGAACAGAAUACGCGAAUACUUGGCUGUCAAAGGAAUACAAUUAGAUCGAGAAAAGAUUGA